UCCACCCGAAGUUUGCAUGUAGCCCACACUCUGCACUGUCUGGUGAACCAGCACACCAGGGGAGACAGUUCUGCUUUGCUCGCUGAGGUUUUUCUAAACUCUCAGGCAGCCUCGGUGCGCUGCUGAAGGGCUGGCUGCCUGCGGCUUUCUAAAGGCCAGGCAAACAGCAGGGCUCCAGGAACGUGGGACAGUGAAGUGGCAGAAAACGCGGACGGCCCCAGGCCACCCCAGACACUACUCAGGCCAGCCUGUGAGGCUGCGCGCUUGACGGCCGCUUUGCGACGGUCGUCGCGACUGCCGUAAAGCGAGGCCUCCGCUGCUGCUGUAGAGUGAGAAAACAAGAUUAUCUUCCUAUUUCAUGAAGAAGAUGAAAACAGCUGGGUUACUGUUGAGAACAUCUGAAAAAACUCCACAGACCAAUGAGUAGAAUCAAUAAGAACGUAAUCUUGGCCCUUUUAACACUGACAAGUUCUGCAUUUCUGCUGUUUCAGCUGUACUACUAUAAGCACUGUUUGUCACCAAAGAACGGAACUGGUUCAUCAAAGUCCAAGGGAAACCGAAUUGGAUUUGAUAGCACACAAUGGCGUGCAGUUCAGAAAUUUGUUAUGCUGACGUCCAGCCAAAAUGUGCCAGUGUUCCUUAUUGACCCUUGGAUUCUGGACUUGAUUAAUAAAAACUUGGAACAAGUGAAAAAUACUUCUCAAAGCUCCGCUUCAGACUGCAGGUUUUUCUGUGUUCCAAGAGACUUUACGGCAUUUGCACUGCAGUAUCACCUGUGGAAGAAUGAGGAUGGCUGGUUUCAGAUAGCUGAGAAUAUGGGAUUUCAGUGCUUAAAGACUGAAAGCAAAGAUCCUCGGCUAGAUGGAAUCGACUCACUUUCUGGAACUGAAAUCCCUCUGCACUAUGUCUGUAAGCUGGCCACUCAUGCCAUCCACUUGGUGUUCUUUCAUGAGAGGAGCGGCAACUACCUCUGGCAUGGUCACCUGCGGCUCCAAGGACACGUGGACAGAAAGUUUGUUCCUUUUCGAAAGUUACAGUUCGGUCGUUAUCCUGGAGCUUUUGACAGGCCAGAGUUACAGCAAGUUACUGUAGAUGGACUAGAUGUGCUUAUUCCAAAAGACCCAGGACACUUUCUAGAAGAAGUACUACACUCCAGAUUUAUCGAGUGCAGGUAUAAAGAAGCUCGGGCAUUCCUUCAGCAGUACCUUGAGGAUAACACUGUGGAUGCUGUGGCCUUUCGGAGGAGGGCAAAGGAAUUACUGCAACUAGCUGCCAAAACAUUACAGGAAUUGGGAGUGCCCUUCUGGCUGAGCAGUGGAACUUGUCUAGGAUGGUAUCGGCAGUGCAGUAUUAUUCCUUAUAGCAAAGAUGUCGACCUGGGAAUUUUUAUACAAGAUUACAAACCUGACAUUAUUUUGGCAUUUCAGAAUGCUGGACUUCCACUAAAACACAAGUUUGGGAAGGUGGAAGACAGCUUGGAACUAUCCUUCCAGGGAAAAGAUGACGUAAAACUUGACAUUUUUUUCUUCUAUGAAGAGACUGACCAUAUGUGGAAUGGAGGCACGCAGGCCAAAACAGGAAAAAAGUUUAAGUACCUGUUUCCCAAGUUCACACUGUGCUGGACCGAGUUUGUAGACAUGAAAGUCCAUGUGCCCUGUGAAACAGUUGACUACAUUGAAGCCAACUAUGGUAAGACCUGGACGAUUCCUGUCAAGACAUGGGACUGGAAGAGCUCGCCCCCAAAUGUGCAGCCCAAUGGUGUCUGGCCUAUUUCUGAGUGGGAUGAGGUUAUCCAGCUGUACUGAGAAUACAAAGUUAUGGAGGGACAUUUCCCAAAAAGAAGGCGGGUAACUGUUUAAAACAUGUGAGAGCCAAAGAAGAUAAGUGAAAAGUUUGAAGACAGAAAUGUUCUAACUUGUGGACCGUCUAAUCAGCUCUGCCAUUCAGCAUUUUCUGAGGUGUUUAUACACCAGGUAAAACACUGGGUUCUGGUGGUCAGGCAGAGAUGAAUGAGCAAAUGCCUGCCUCUUGCUUGUCAUGUCCAAUUUUCUGUUAAGGGAGUCUCCCCCACCUUCUGAAGAGCUGAUAUGCAUUGUGAUGUAUUUCAUGAUUCUUAAAACAUUAAAUAAUGUUUAUACUGGAAAGUGAGCUCAUGAGACGAAGCUAAGGAAGGGUAAAUUUGUUAGGAAUAAGUCCUUCCUGCCAGCCCUUAGGACUUAAGUUGCUGUGUUAGUGCCCCUUUAAGGUUGUGGAAUAUGAGUUAGUAUUUUAUGAGUGAUUAGACUUUGUGUCACACAGAGAAAGACAGUGGCAGACUCAUGUUACAAGCAAUGCGAUUCACAGUUGACUUAAAGCACAGGGCGAUUUAUAAAGGAAGAUGAGAGCCCAUUUCAAGUCUUGUCAAGAUGUAUCUUCUUUUCUUCAUAUUUGAAGUGAGAAGUUGAUGCCUAUGUGAUGCUUAAAUGUCUGACAUCAUAGGAACAUGGUCACUGACCUGCAGUAGUUCUUGAUAAGUCACUCAGUCAUGCUGCCCAAAAGUUGUGAUUUCACAGAGCUUACUUUGCUCAAUUCAUUCUCAAUCGCUGUUAGACUUAAAUAUAGGAGUUAUUCAUGGUCAUUUUUCUAUGUUCUGAACUUAUAACUCUUCUACCCUUAAUUUUAAUGUUGACACUAAAUACUAGUAGAUAUACCUCUGAGUUUUCUAAUAUACCAUUUAUUUAUGUAUGAACUGUAGCUCCGUUUCUUUAAUCGAUAGCUUACACUCUUAAUUGAUUUAGCAUAAAGAUACGACUGUUGUUCUAUCCAAUAUUACUUCAGGUUUCCAUAAUGGAGGGUUAAUGUGAAUCUGAUAACUCUUCCUCAUUCCAAAUCACUGCUUUUAAAACCUGUGUCCAUCUCUAGAUUUUCCUUCUGCUGAGUAUAAUAAUGCAAGGACUCAGACUUCCCUACUACCAAGUGCUACACCUGCUGGACCCCUUGAUCUCCUUUUUCUUCUCAUUAUGCACUCGUGAGUAGGUUGGGCUAGCUGCACCCAUCUCUGUACCUGUACUUAAGUGAUGUGCUCUAAGUGAGAUAUGCAGGGCAGUCUGGCACAGUAAAUGCUGCCUGGGAGAAGAGGUUCUCUACUCUCUGCUGCUUAGGGAUGCUCUCCCUGGCAGCUUGACAGAUUUCCCUGUGGAACUAUAGUUACUAAAAUGGAAACCAGAAUAUCUGAGGGAAUGGGCUGGCAGAAAUUAAAAAAAAAACAAAACCAAAAACAACUUUAGGGGACGUUACUUAAAGCCACCCACUUCCAAAUUUUAAAAUCACAUGAAAACUCUUUGAUGGAUGAAAAACCACAGUCUGUGAGGAUACAUCCUCCAUGUAGGAAUACUGAGUCUCAUCAUAGCUGUCAUAUUCAGAUUUUCAGGAAACAAAUUAUAGAUCAUAAACAGUUCUGUCCUAGAAAAUAACUCCAUAGAAUAUGUAUCCAUGUUUUAGAUAGCUAACCCUAAUUUUAUUUUAUUUUUUGUGCACCAGAAAUAAAAUGAUUAUAAUAGUGUUCUUGAGAAAAACCCACCCUAUCUGCAGAGAACUGUUUGUUCGUAUCAGUAUCCAGAAGUAAGUUCACUCACAUCACAUUUCUUGAGAGCUCCCAUCUUCUGCCAGGAGAUUUCACCUACUCCUGUUCAAGUUACCUCACCUGUGUCCAUAUUUGGAGUUCAAGGUCUGGAAGUGUCCAGAAUAAGGCAGUCUCGGCCUGUGGUCAGAGGUUCUAUAUUCCUCCCUACAUAGAGGACAGCUAAACUUCUUGUCUUCCCUCUCGUUUGGCACUAGUAUUUAAGUUCCAUCCUAUCUUGCAGAAAAUGAAAGCCUUUCCCCCAGAACUCAAAGGUGAGGCCUGCAUCUCAAAAUGAUCCCAUGAUUCACUCACAGUGACACCUGUGCUUCUUAACCUUUGAACUCUGCUGAGUGUCCAGAGACCUUGGGUUAGGUGUGCCCACCACCUGUAUCUUCUCAGAUCACUUUUCCUUUCCUCCCUGAAUAUGCCAAGUGUCCUUCUCCUAUAUGACUACUUUCUGGUCCCAUCGCCUGGCUUGCUUGAAGACACCUUGUGUAGUAACUUGUUGGUACUUAUGUAACCAAGGUUAUCUCCAGAAGACCCUGAGGAGCAAUGCUUUCUCAGUUUGCAACAACCAGCUACUUCUCCAAGCAUGGGGCACAUGCCGUGCUCUUGGCUGCAGUUAUUGACAUUUGGUGCAAGGAGAGGACUGAUUUCCACAAAUGGCCUGUGACCCCUGCAAACAUCACUCUGUGUAAUGACUCAUAGAACCAAAGCUUUGGAAUGCUUAGUCAUUUACUACCUACCCUAGAUAGACUCGUGGAGUCUUGUUGCCCAGCAUGUGUGAGGCCUGGAUCAGUACAAAGCACCAGAAGUCUGAGCAGAAGGAUCACCAUGUUCAAGGCCAGUCUGAGUUACAUAGUGAGUUUCAACCCAUCCUGGGCUACUGUAUAAGACCCUGUAUUGAGGGAGGGACAAGGAGGGAAGAGAGAGAGGGAGAAUGAGAAUAUACUCAUGUCAAUCAUCUGCCCACACGUUUUUGGUUUUUUUCUAAGCUAAGCAAGACUAGGCAGGGUAUGUAAUGCUUUUUUAAGUCACGUCACUUUAGAGCAAACUAUUAAUUGUAGUUAAUUAUAGGCAAGCAGACCAAGUCAGUGUUGAGACUUUUCAUAUAGGACCAGUAAGCAAAUAUAAAUUUCUGAGAAAUUUGUUUCUGUACCCUCUCAUCUAGGCUAGAAUUUGUCACUAUAAACCUGGACCCAACCGAAUAGAAUUUCUCUGAGGGCCCAUGUAGUCAUCCAAACUUCUACUUAUGAGUACCUUCACAGAAGGGGGUAUAUAGGAAAGCUUCGUCGUAUAAGGUAUUCUGUCAUACACUUUCAAAACUCUAAGCUCUUACAGCCUUCUGGCAAUUUAUUCAAAGCAUGAAAACUAGUUCAUGAGUUUGUUAAAUGCAAACCAUGUAGCUCUGUCAACAUGUAUAUGACUAUGAACAUGUAUGUGAAUUUUCUAGACAAAGUAAUAUUUUAAACAUGAGAUUUCUGUGUAUGCAUACCAGUUUACUAUUUGAUUUUUGUCUUAAGGUAUAGUUUAUGGUACUGCUGAAAACACUUUUAGUAUUAUUACUGUGAUCUGAAUUUGUAAUUUAUAACCUACUUUGGGAUGAUUAAUAAAAUGUUUUAAUCUCUUA